UAAUUAAUAUUAAUGCUUAUACACGUGUAUUAAUAAUUGUUUAUAGCCUUCGAUAUAAAUGGUUAUUUAGUUUACUACAAUUAAAUUCGCAUUAAAGUGCGUGACAACUUAACUCACCUGGGCCCGUGACUUUAUUUUUAAACUCACAAAACCGGAAGUACAUGUCGCGUUUGUAACUUCUUUGUUCAACGUUCAACGUGCAUCACUGCCAUGUGUUUUUAGCCCGUCGUUGCUGUUAAACAGCACGAAUUAGGAUCUCAGAGCAACAGCAACAUCUGCUGUAGCAUGGAGCCUCCGUCUGCAGCAUCAGCCCACAACAAGAAGAAAAGGAAGAUCUUCGCUCCCACAGCAGGUGCGGACGCCAAGAGAUUAAAAACUGAGCAGGGAGGAGGGAAGGUGGUGGAGGCUACACAACCACUCCACUCACCAAGGAUCUCUGUGCUGCUCCACCGCCUCCAGCAACCAAUUACACUAAAGGACCUAACACAGCUGCUGCAUUAUGCUGCACUGGGGAAAACAGGUGGCACGGAACAGCCCAGUUGGUGCCGUCUUCACCAUCAGAGGAAGCUUACCGGUGUGAACGUUGUGAUUGUCGAGGGCCUGACCCAGGUUCACUUUUACAAACACUACCUCACCAUGCGACACCUCAGGGACAACUACACCACCAGAGUCACAUUCACUCCAACAUCUAACAACGUAGCGUCUGAAAUCUUUAGCAGCGAAGUUCCUAAAUCAGACGAUCCCUCACUUUCCCAAGUCCUUAGUGGAAACAGUGCACUGGACAAAGCACUGAGGAGCCAUCCAGUAAUCUCCACGUUUGGGGUUCAGAGGAAAGGACUCACAGCAUAUGUUCUCAGCCAGGAGGAGAUGAUCAAGACACACUACCCUGUCAAAGGUUUGCCAGGUUUUGAGGAGUUCGUGUUCACAGACUGUGUUGAUUGUGUGACCGAUGUUAGCCCUCUGUACGGACUCGACUGUGAAAUGUGUCUGACAGAAAAGGGGAAUGAGCUCGCCCGUGUUUCUCUGGUUGAUAGUGACGGGAACUGUGUCCUAGACGAACUGGUGAAACCUCGGAACCGAAUCCUCAACUACCUCACAAGGUUCUCUGGUAUCACUGCAGCCAUGUUGCGGCCAAUCACGACCACGCUGCGGGAUGUUCAGGCGAAGCUCAGGGCGCUGUUGCCAGGCGACGCCGUUCUGGUCGGCCAUUCGCUUAACAACGACCUCUUAGCUCUGAAACUGAUUCACCAGCACGUCAUCGACACCUCGCUGCUGUACAGGAAGAACUUCGGCCAGAGGUUCAAGCUCAAGGUCUUGGCUGAGACGGUGCUGAAGAGGCAAAUCCAAACCGAAGAGAGGAGGGGACACAACCCCAUCGAAGACGCUGUGGCAGCGCUGGAGCUGGCCCAGUACUUCAUCAGAACCGGACCUCGCGAGGUGGUGCAGCGGCACAUGGAGGAGCUGUGGGGACACACAAUAGUGGAGCAGCCCCCUGACUGUGCGUCUGCACCCACUCCAAGCCACAGGUUUGCUGACGUCCUGCAGCGUCUCGGCCGGUCUGUGGCCUUUCUUGGAAAGCGCGCUGACAUCAGUCUGGACUUGUCCAAUCAGCACUGGCACAGUUCUGACAAAGAGGUUCUGGCCUCUUUCAGACAGACCAGACGCUCGUUCCUCUCAGUGCUCCAGUUCUCAUCCUUCUCAGACCAGCAGAGAAGCGCCUCUCAUCAGGAGCAGCAGUACCAGAGGGCGUCUGCAAACCUGCGAGACAUGUGCGUGGUUUUUGCUGGGCCCUUACCCGCGUGGUUCACAGAGAGAGAUGCAAGGAAGCUGUUCACCUGCUGUGGUCCGGUUCGGAAAGUUAAAAUGCUGAACACAGCUGUCAGGGUUCAUGCAGAGAUAGAGUUUGAGAUGCUGGAGGGAGCUAUCCUAGCUUUAAAAACUCUGAAUGGACUGGACCUGCAGGGGCAGUCAAUCAAGGUCCAGAGGCCAGUUUCUGAGUCUGUGCUGGACUUGGAUCUGACCAUCGGCAUGUUGAUGGAUGAUGCGCUCAACCGCAGUCAGCUCUACACUGUUAAAUUAAACCCUAGUGUAGCCGAGUACAUACAAACGUUCACAAAGGUCAGUGGACACACAUUGGAUGCGGUGCAUUCUGGUGGCACGACAAACGGGCUGCCUCCUGCUGAUGUCAACGGAAAAUGGCUGCAGUGCAAAAGCUCAAGAUCUAAACUGUCUGAGGAAAAAGUCAGAGAAAGCUUUGAUCACUUUGGUGUGGAGAGGAUCGUUCUGCCUUCCAAGCCUGGAAAACCUGCAAGACAUGCAUUCAUGAAGUUUAAGGGUUCUGAGGAACAACGCGCUGCUCUGAGCUCUUUUGAGGAUCUUUGGAGGCAGAAUUACCUCGUCUGUCCAUCCCUGACUCCACACCACUUGUCUUCAUGGAGUGCCAUGGCAGCACCGGUGACUGCAUUGGAUGCUGGGGUGGAGGAGGCGGCGCGGUUGGACGUGCCCACCAGCGCUCCGGACCAGGUAACAGAGGCUCUGAUGAGGAAGUUGGACCACCGCCUGGGGAAGCUCUUCAGAUCUCUCCCAGACGACACGUUGUCUGUGGUUUUGCUGCUCGGACAGAACAGUGCCCACAUCUGUCGCCAUGGGUUGUGCUUCAUUGAGAUCAAGGGAAGGUCUUAAAAACAUCAACUCUAAAUAAACAAAAAUUAAUAAAUGGACUUUUAAAGAUUAA